AAAGGGAAAAAUGACAGCUGGAGGUAAGAGAGAAAAAGGAAACAUAUGGGGGUCAUGGUAGAACAGAGGAUAGAAGGAGAAAUGGGAACAAAAGGCAAAGAGAAAAAGAGGAAAGGAGUUCUGGGGCUUGAAAAGAAAAAUCUGUGCUGCCCAGGCAGAACCCGACCCCAGAGGAAGAGUCCCAGAGGUAACCAAGUGAAGCACUCAAGUCCAGAGCGCUCUCAGCUCCCUUCACCUUUCUAGGUUCUGAUCUGUAUUGGUGGGGUUCUGACCCCUGCCCUCUGCAUCUUGUCCAUGUGGUCUACCCCUGGGUGGUCCUGGAGGCUAGAGGAAGGAAGGAGCCAGGGGAUUCCUUCUGGCUUUGGGAGGUAUCUCCAGCCAUAGCUGCACGUCCUUCAUGGCUCCAGCUCCCCCUGGACAAGCCCUUCAUGGUCCCCCCAGCCCUAGUGGGGGAGGCAUCCAGGAGUUGCUAAUCUCAGGGUUGCCUCACCUUCCCCUAGUUGUAAUUCUAGUUCUUUUCCACAGCUUUGUAAUUAAUAAUCUGGGUUAAAUUAUCACUAUUGAAGAACCUGGGAAGGAAAACUUCACUUUCAUUUGGAUUCAAAGUUCAAAGACAGCUUUCCCAGGAGGGCUGGAAGCAGCACAGCUAGUGAGAGAAAGAAAUCCAGCCACCCCAAGAGUUAGGAAGGGUCAUUUCUCCAGUGUUUGAUUGGAAAGUGAUGAAUCCACAGUGACUGCCAGACAAGAAAAGACUCAGCCAGGGAAUUGUCUAUAAAAACAACUGGAUUUGUGGCCAUUUGUGUCUAUUCCUUCAUGAUUUAUCAUACUCUCUUUGAUCACCUUGAGCCUCAGCCUAAGGAACAUCUCAGUAGUAUUCCUCCAAGGAUUAUUAAGUGCCCAUGAUGAGAAUAGAGGGCACAGAGCUAGGGGUGUUGAGGUGGAGACACACUGGGAGGGCAUUCUCAGUUUAUGGAAAUGUUUGCUUUCUGCAAGAUAAGGUUUGUGGAUGGUCUAUCAGGAGACUCUCUUGACAGAGACUGUCUUGAGUUUUUGCAGUCCCAGCAGAGCUGCAGACACAAUUUUAUUCUUUGAGCAUUCACCUCUCUCUCAUCCCCAGAGCCCUGUUAAAACCAGGUUCCUGUUCCUAGGAAUCCACAGCCUACUGGGGGCAGAGAGUGGAGACACGACUGACCCUCAAGCCAAGCAGAUAGCACAAGGGGGAUUCUGCACAGGGGUUGAGGAGGCUGCACAGAGAUAGUAGGAGAUGGUGGACGAGCUGAGUCCACGCGAGUUUGACAAGUGGAAGUGGCUGUGGGUUUUCUGGCAGAGAACAGAUCAAGAUCAAAACCAAGUUUGAAAGGGCAGGGAGGGGCAGCUGAGGUGCUGUCUGGACACAAGGGUUUUGGGGGUUAGGGUUGGUCACUGGGAGGAGGCUGAAAGGUGCAGGCCCUGCUAUGGAGGACUCUGAGACUAAGGAAUUGGGGCUUGAGGUUACCAGAGUCGUUGGAGGCUCUUGAGCGUCAUGUGGCAAGGUCACUUUUGGGAUGGCAACUUUGAAUGCUGCGCUGAGGACGGAUUUACAAGCAGAGAAACUGGAGACAGGAGAAGGAACUGCGAGCUCCCAGGGACAGCUCUUAAGGAAGCAUCAGCUUGAUCAUCUCCAAAGGGACAGAUUAACAUUUGAGCUACUUUUCUCUCCAUCAAGGUUAUCGUGGAAGAAGAUAUGGGAAAGCAGAACCACCAAAAAGAGUGAUGACCAGCGAUCUCCUAAGAAGUCUGGAUGUUGGUUCUCAUGCCUUGGGACAUCCAGUUGGGAACUCCACACCAGUUCCUGGGAUUAGACUUUCAUCCACUUAAUAACCCUCUUUGCCUGAACUGCUAGAGCCCGUCCUACCUAACCACGAAUGGCUACCCAAAGGAAACACUUGGUAAAAGAUUUCAAUCCAUACAUCACCUGCUAUAUCUGUAAAGGGUAUCUGAUCAAGCCAACUACAGUGACGGAAUGCCUCCAUACUUUCUGUAAGACUUGUAUUGUCCAGCACUUUGAAGAUAGCAAUGAUUGUCCAAGGUGUGGCAACCAGGUUCAUGAGACAAACCCAUUAGAAAUGUUGAGGUUGGAUAACACGUUAGAGGAAAUUAUAUUUAAGUUGGUCCCUGGACUACGAGAACAAGAACUUGAGCGUGAAUCUGAAUUUUGGAAGAAGAAUAAGCCUCAAGAAAAUGGAGAAGAUGAUACUUCAAAAGUUGACAAACCUAAAGUAGAUGAAGAAGGUGAUGAAAAUCAAGAUGAUAAAGACUAUCACAGAAGUGACCCACAGAUUGCUAUAUGUCUAGAUUGUUUAAGAAAUAAUGGACAAUCGGGGGACAAUGUAGUAAAGGGUUUAAUGAAGAAAUUCAUUCGGUGUUCUACACGUGUAACUGUGGGAACUAUUAAAAAAUUUCUAAGCUUAAAACUAAAACUUCCAAGUUCUUAUGAGUUGGAUGUGCUGUGCAAUGGUGAAAUUAUGGGGAAGGAUCAUACUAUGGAGUUCAUCUACAUGACCAGAUGGCGACUAAGAGGCGAAAACUUUCGGUGUCUGAACUGCUCAGCUUCGCAAGUCUGCCCUCAGGAUGGCCCUUUGUAUCAGUCAUACCCCAUGGUAUUGCAGUAUCGACCAAGAAUUGAUUUCGGUUAGACCAAGGGGCCUAGAUCCCACUGACUGAAUCCUGCACUAAGUGUUUACGCAUCGGCAGAUUGCACAGUGAACCGUGUGUGGACUAGAGGGACACAGCCAGGUUUUCAGCAUGCGAAUAAGGCCAUCGUCUGUCUCUAAACUAUCAGUUGCAUUUAUGUUGUUUCUAUUAAGAGCAAACCAAGUGCCAUUCUGCUCCUGAUCCGUCUGCAUAAGGUAUUUGUGCUGUCUCACAGUGUCCAGUACAAGUCGUGGCUGAAAUCGGUUAGCUGUGCAGCCACAAUCCAGCCUUCUCAAUACUUUGCUUGCCUGUUCCAAGAUUGUUCUAAUGUUUGAUUACACUAGUAAUAUGGCUCAAUCUUUGUGGUGUUGCAGUUUUCACAUACUUACUAUUUUAUUCUUGUUUAAAUAGAGUACUGUACAAGAAACUAAUAAUUAUAUCUUGAAAUUAUUUCAUAUGGGAAAUACAUUUAGAAAAGUGAUUUCUGGAGCCACUGUCCUAUUCUCGAUAAGCUUUCUGUGUGCAAAAUAGUUCACUCUUGAGUGUACAAGUCCUUUUGGAAAGAAUUCCUACGGGUUUUUUUUUUUUUUUUUAAACCUUAGAGCACAUUAUAACUGUAGGCAUUUUAAGUCAUCCGUCCGUGUAGUCUACCAGUUGCACAAGGAAGGCCUGUUCACCCUCAAGAUUGAAAACGUAUGUGACUUCUUGGAGAGCAAAAGUUGAGAUUCACAACCAUUUAAAGUGUUGGCAGCUGAUCACAUUUACUUCUAACAAAAUUAAUGUGUGAGUAAGGUGCAUCCUUGAUAAUGUCUUCAGGCGGGUGGGUGCUGCUUCACGACCGUCAUUACCUUCACGUAGCCCACUUUAUGUAUGCACCAUUAUAUUCUGGCUCUUAUGUACUGAGUACACUGUUUCUCUUUAUCAGCUGGCCUUAGGUGUGUGUCAUUGUGGCAUGUGGAAGGUUCUGAGGAUUUUAAGUAUUAGGAUUUUUAGAGCAGAUAACAUUAGCUGUUUUACGGAUUUCAGAAAUCUCAAAGCAAUUGUAGAUUAAAACUGUUAGUAACCUGUCACAUUUCCAAACCUUCUGCGUAAAGUAGAUCAAAUGCAGUGUCGUAGAUAAAUAUGCUAACCAAAAUUAAUGGUUUGAGGAUAUUUCAUUUUAGAUCCUGUAGUAAUUGGGGAAGUGGGAUUAUUGUUUUAUACGUAAGUUCUUUAAGGUCAGAGCUGUGAUAAUGUCCUUGAUUUUACAGUUUUGUUAAGUCUUCCAUUCAUUUUGAGAUGAGUCCGCAAGUCAAAAAAAGCCUUGUUACCUUAAAUUAUAUGAAGAACUUCAUUUUAACCCUUUUAAAUGUACAACUGUUCUCAUUAACUUCUUUGGAAAUUAAGUUUUAUUAAUUGCUUUGAAACAAAGGUAACCUCUGAAACUUAGGAAAUAAUCUUGAAAGUUAGGAAAAAUAUUUGUUUUAGAAAUCAGACAUGAGCACAAUCUGUGUGUUACACACAUAGUUUUUAUACUAUAUACAUAAGUAGUGUGCUACAUUUUCUGGUAAAAUGUAUCACAAGUUAAUGCCUUCUGAAUCUCAGAAUGCUUCUUAGAAAUCAAACAGUGCACGACUCUAAGAAACACGUACAAAAUACAGCUAAAUCUCAAUGCAUUUCACAAUAUAAAAGGCUGAAACUUCUUAUCUCUCUUUUCCAUAUACCUUCGUUUCAAGUCAAAAAGUCUAAGUUUUCUGUUGUUUCUGGUCUGACUUUUGUGAAAAAAGUUAUGGCAAUACUUUAAAAAUUUCAUUUUGUUAGACUGUGUUUGUGCUUGCAAGGGCUCACAAACAGAAUUUAAAAGGCAGAUUUUCAUUAACACUUAAACAGUGGUUGAAACAGACCAUUACAGUAAACCAAAACCUGAAUUUACUCUCUAGCAACAGAAAUUAUUUCACUAUGCUGUGAAAUCCAAUUCCCUGACAUCCCUAAGAAAUUUUUACGUUUAUUAUAAAUUUGUCACGUCUAGGUCAGUGAUUGCAUGUGGAAGUGAUCUUUAAUUAACUCAAAAUGAAUUGAGAGUGCAUUUUAAAAAACCACAAGUGAGACCUGGAUGUUUUUAGGUCCCCAGCCAAAACUUUCAGCCUUAAAUGAGUUUUAUAUACACAAUCUCUUUAAAUUUGGCCUGCUGCCUCAUCUUAUGUAAUGUCACUAUUUUCCAAGGAAAUAUAUGGGAAGCAAUUAUGGACUUGAGGAUAGUUUUAUAUAAAAUUCCUUUAAUGUUAAAAUAUUGACAUUUUUAUUGAAAUACAAUGGAAUAUGUGCCAAAAUAUGUGAAAACCUUGCACAAAGAAGGGUGUCAUAUGGGGAAAGGUACAGAUUUAUAAUGGUCCUGAGUAAUGUGGUAUUACUAUUAGAACUAGAGACUUUUUCAGCCCAUGUCUUUUGGUAUAUUCGACUAUGGUUUUCUCAGUAUGGGACUACUAUCAAUGUCUAGGAAUACAGUAAUCCUUAGUUAAUUACCCCCUAAGUCAGGUUGUGGAAUAUGCAUGAAACCAGGUAUAGAAAAAAUAUACAGGCAAAAAUAUAUAGGUGGUUAGUUUUACAAAGUUAGGGUGUUAUACAAAUAACCUAUAGAAUAGUCAUCUGAAUCUGCAAAAUUGGAGAAUAAAAUUAAAAUAAGUUUUUCUUUAAUCUCUUGUUUCUUGAGCAACAAACUGAAAAAACUUUACUUCCAUAAAAGAUUUUGUAAUCUGAUUUCUCUGCUUGUAGAUAUCAUAGACGUACAAGGUUCAAGGAACCUUGAAUCUAAAGAAGGCCUGUGGUUUAUAGACAUCACUUUAAGUGAAGCAAUCACGUUAGUUAAUUUAAAAAAUCUAAAUAUGGCCCUUUCUCUAGAUUAACAAAAUACUUUUCAGAAGUAUUCAAAAAAAUAAACUCUAAGGCUCAUUGAUGUGGCAAUAUGAGGUCAUUCAGUCUGGGGUUCAGGUACCUUAGAUAAUGUCUUAACUACUUUUAGAAAAGUAUGUUAUCCCUUUAUUCAUUAAAAAUCUGUCCCAUACUAAUAUGCCACAUUUUCUAAAUGUAAUGAGUUUGCUCAACUAUAUUUUACACUUAAACGUAACCUAAAUUAAAAGAUUCUUUAAGGGAAAAAAAGUGUGUUAUAUAAUAUUGUGAACUGUUUAGCUUUAUUGAACUAUUUAAGAGAAAGUGCCUCAUUGCUAAAGUGCAUUUCUGUUUUAGAUUUACUGCAUAAAUUAUGAGUUUUCUGUCCCUGUCUCUUAUCAACUGUUUUGUAUCUAAAUAGGCUCUUGUAAGUUAAUCUCUUUUUGAAAGAUUUUUCAUAAGAAAAUAGUUAUCACCAAAGACAUUUUACUGUUAAUAACCAUGUUAGGGAAGAGAGUUUUAACUGCUUGGAGGUUGGAAAUUUUUAGAUUGCAAUUUACUUUUAUAUAAUUAGGCAAUAACCUUGAGUAAUUGCUAAAAUAUCACCAAAGAAAGGCUUUAAACUGAAUUUUCGUGGUAAGAUCAAUCAAAUGAAGGUUUUUCUUGCAAUAUUCAGAGCUUACUUCCUUUCAGUUAUGUUUUUCGUUUUUUCCAGCACCAUCUGACAGGUCUUAGGAAAUCCUCAAAGUUGGGGUUAACACAACAGAUAGCCUCUCUCUGGAUGAAAAGUGGGAGAAACACAUACUUUGAAAAGAAAAUUGAAAAUAAGAUUUUAAAUUCUACUUUAAGAAGCUUUUUAUUUUAGGGAGGUGAUAUAAACUAAAUUUAUGCUUAUUUAGUUCCUGGGUUGUUGGUAAUACGAGAAAGUUUAUUAAAGACAGGCUUUUUGGUCAAAAUGCUGACAUGCUCACUUUUAUAGAAAAUAGUACAUUCUGUUGGACUCAUGAGAAAAUGCUUUUGCUGUAUUCACAAGCAAAAAUUUUCCUAAAGACCUGUUUUGUUUUGUUUUGUUUUGAAGUAACUCUUUGUCUUGUUCCUCAGCAAUUACUUUGUUAUUAGAAUUUAGCCAUAUAGCCAAAUUGGGCCAGAUGGGCCCCAGAUGAAGAGCAUACACAUCAGGUCACACCAUUCUUUCGGGGAGCCCAAGCUGGGGGGCCACCUUGAGUAAAGCUCACAUUAUGGAGUCUUUCUGAUAGGCCACUAGGCAGACCUCCUCGGUUAGGAUAAAAAUGGAUGCUCGCCAUUGCGUACUCUCAUUUAUCAUAAGGAGUUGUCUGGCAGGCUAUAUGUUUAAUUACCAGUGAGAUGUAGAUGUUGGUUGUGGGAAUUUCAAAAAUGAGUGAGUUUGCCAUAACUUAAAUUCUCUGGGUUACAAACACAAGAACGUGAAAUGCUAUUAGUUUAAAAUAUAUAACCCUGCAAUAAGAAACAUAACAUGUCUGCCAGAUCUGGUUUAUGAAAAAUUGAAAAAUAUUAAAUAUGCUACAGACUCAAACCCUUUGAAAGCACAAAAUAACCACCCAGUUCUGGAUUUACUUGAUAUUCCUAGUUCAGUAGUAUUUUGUUGAAAAAAGUUCAAAUUGAAAGUUCAUUAAAAUGUACUUAAAUAUACAUUACAGGGCUUUCAUCUUUUUUUCUCAAAGCAGUGGCAUUUUCCCAUAAUUUAAAAGUGAUUCUCUCCCUAGUGUAAUGUAGUUUUCACAAGUAGCAUGUUUAUUUGCUAUCCUUACUAUAUUUUCAAAUAGAAUUAAAAUGCUUGAGCACUUCCUUUUCAGAAAGUUAUGAAAUUAAAAAUAUUUUUGAUGGUCAUUAAAAUGUGUCUGUAUGCUUGUUAUGCCCCUUUUUCUAGGACUCAAAACUUGAGACAUUGUUCAGAAAUGCUUAUUAAUUUUAAUCAUCUUUAAAUCUAGAAUCAAAUCAAACAUUAAAUCCUGGGUCCAGUUUUUUUCCAUCUUUCAGAACUUCAUGGAAUAAGAAAAUCAUCUAGUACAAAUUGAACAUGAAAUGUUUUUAGGCAAGGUAGAGAUAGUAAGUACAUUACUUAUCCAUGGACUUCACGCCAGUCCAUCAGAGCAGGAGUUCUACACAUUAGAAAUGGAAUGGGAUCAGCCUAACAUUCUUUGGGGUUGGUUUUCUUUUGCUGUAUUCUUUGAAUGGGGAUGGGGGCCCAAGUGUCCUUAUGAAGCUGUGGUCAACAACAAGAGCUUGUGGGGGAGCGGCAGUGCUCUGCUGCAUUCCUGCAUCUGGCAACACAACAGCAAACAUGUUUUUACUAGAGUAGCCCUCACAUUAAAUAAAACCAUCACAGACUAUAUUGUAUAGUUACGUUGCUAAUUUUCCUUUGAAAUAUAAAAUAUUUUAAGCUUUUUUUUUUUUUUUGUCAAAAGUGGUAACAUCUUAAUACAAAUAAAAACCUUUUUGUGGUUGUAAGAUUUAGCUUAUAAAUCAUUCAAAUUGAAGUGAAAGAUUACCAGGUCAUUGUUAAUGACUUAGUCUAUUAAGAAUAUAUGUAUUUUUGUAAAGGAGAAGCACUUGUAGAUAUUUAAUCAGUACUAUAUGUCUGUUUUGCAGAAAUAAAAUGCUGCUUAGAGAUUCUCUUUAAAUACUUUUUAUUUUUGUGCUCAAAUGUAUUUUCUGUUUAUCUAUGGAGUGUUCUGUACAAAGCUGUAUGAUUGUACUGUUGGGCUAGAUACCUUUGUUUUUUAAAAUCUGGUCUUAGCCAAGUAUAUUUGACCAUGUUAAAAAUAGUAUCUUUGUUAUUAAAAAAUUCAAUUGCAUAA